AUGGGCUCCAUCGAUAUCCCCCAAACGCAAACAGUUGCACUUGUACGCAGUCUCGGCGGGGAAGUUGAAUUCAAAACCGAUUACCCCGUCCCUUCCCCUGGCCGAAAUGAAGUCCUCGCCAAAGUGCUAUACACUGGUGUCUGUCAAAGUGAUCUCCAUACCAAGUCCGGUACUGCAGCUGGCGCAGACGGAAAUCCAAUCACGCAAAUCAAACUACCUCACGUCGGUGGUCACGAAGGCAUCGGACAAGUUGUGGCUCUGGGUCCGGAUAUCACACACAGCACGGGAAUCAAAGUGAAUGGACUAGUUGGAAUUCGCUUUGCGAGUCGGAUCUGUCGCCGCUGUGAAUUUUGUCUUGCGGGCACGGAGCAGUACUGUACCAACGCGACGAACCAUCUUCAUCAUGAGGAUGGCAGCUUCCAGCAGUAUAUUGCGUUGGAUGCAGAUUACUUGACUGUCUUACCGGAUGAUGUUGAUCCGAAGGUUAUGGGACCCGUACUUUGCGCAGGCUUGACAGCUUAUAAGGCGGUGUUGAAUGCAAAUGUUCGGCCCGGGAAUUGGCUUGUGGUGGUAGGAGCAGGUGGAGGUCUUGGGCACUUGGCUGUGCAAUAUGCCAGAGCGCAGGGUGCUUUGGUCAUUGGCGUGGAUACAGGCCCCGGAAAAGCAGAUUUCGUUCGCAGUAUUGGGGCCCAAGAGUUCAUCGAUUUCGCCACAGAAGACCCUAUCAAAAGAGUACAGGAGAUUACUGGCCUGGGAGCACACGCGGUGGUUGUAACCGCGGGCAAUGCCAAGGCGUUUGCCCAUGCUUGCGAGAUGCUCCGAGUUGGAGGCACACUAAGCUGUGUGGGAAUCCCACCUGGACGGCCCUAUCUCGAGACGCCAAUCUGCACAAUUGUCAUCAAGGGACUGAGAAUUACUGGUAAUUUGGUUGGUUCCUUGAAGGAGUGCAUGGAAGCAGUUGACCUGGUUCGGCGUGGCGUAGUGAAGCCUGUUGUCAAAGUCCGCCCGUUCAAGGAUCUGCCGCAGAUCUAUGAGGAGAUGGAGAAGGGAGAUAUUGCCGGUCGCAUUGUGAUUCAGCUCACAGAUUGA